AUGUCAGAGCCUCAAGGUCCGCUCGAUACGAUACCGAAUGUCAACUAUCCCCCAUUGCUUACUUUAGCCAAUUAUCAUUCCACAAAGCAAAUGAUUAAUCAAGUUCUCAGUGAAGAUCAAGAUUAUGUCACAUGGAAAUUAAAGAAUUCAAGAACUGGUGGUACCAUGAAUAGUUAUGUCCCUAGUACUUGGACUCCUUCAAGGAUUGAAUCUAAAGGUAGAGUUCAGAAGAAACGAUCUGCUAAGAUUAACUCAGUUCCCAGGGAUUUCAAAUUUCAUAAGGAUAUUUUUGAUGAGACUAAAGAGAAUAUCGAAAGAACAAGAGAAUUAAAUCAAGAUGAACAAUUUAAACUGUUAGUUACUAAUCUAGAUGAAGAACAAACCAAUAGAUUUGAAGUGUUUCACAGAACUUCAUUAAAUAAAGGCCAGGUGAAGAAAUUGGCUGGGACGGUCACCAAUCAAAGUAUUAAUGAUAAUGGUCGUGUAUUUUUACAAGCCAUUGGGAAAAUAUACGCUGGUGAGAUUAUAGAAUUAGCACUGGACGUUAGAGUUAAAUGGUUUCUUGGGAAGAUGGUUGUUGAUUUUGAUAGAAGAAAGGAUAUUGGUAAACAAUUAAAGAAAUAUUUGAAAAAAUUAACUCUCCUGAUUGAGAAAGAGCAGAGUGAUUUUGAGGAUAGUGUUGAUGAGACGGCAAGUGAUUCUUACGAUGAUGAUGAUAGGAAUGAAAUGGCAACAAUUAAACGAGGUAACUCUUAUUUGAAAAGUAAAGAGAAUAGUCAGGAACUUAGGUUAGGUUUAAUUUCCCAUUACAAUAGAUUGGUGAAAGAAUUUAAUAGUCUUGAUGUUAGUGUGGAGAAAUACAACAAUAGCCCCAUCUUGCCCGAGCAUAUACGGGAAGCAUGGAGAUUAUAUCGAUUACAAAGUGACACGGUUCCGUCGGGACAGUGGAGGAUGCAAGGAGAGAGAAACGGUUCUAUGUUUAGGUGA